AUGUUCUUUACUCCCCAUUUCCCCCAUGUACCCCUCGCUCAGCUCACAGGAGCAAGAGGGCGCAUGUCGCCAUCACGCCCCCACACCCCCAACCUCUCCUCCCCUCCCCCUUCACCACCACCACCUCUCCCCUCACGUCCCAUGCUGAGAACUAGGAUCGUGGACGCGUCAGGCACCAUCUCCCUGUCCCCCUCAGCAUGCUCUCCCCUUCCGACCCUGCCUUCUAUCCCCCUCACUCUAGUGGGCCCCAUGCUGCGCUUAGCCAUGCUGAGAACUAGGAUCGUGGACGCGUCAGGCACCAUCUCCCUGUCCCCCUCAGCAUGCUCUCCCCUUCCGACCCUGCCUUCUAUCCCCCUCACUCCAGUGGGCCCCAUGAUACGUGAAGCCAUGCUGAGAACCAGGUUCGUGGACGCAUCAGGAACCAUCUCGCUGUUCCCCUCAGCAUGCUCUCCCCUUCCGACCUUGCCUUCUAUCCCCCUCACUCCAGUGGGCCCCAUGAUGCGUGAAGCCAUGCUGAGAACCAGGUUCGUAGACGCAUCAGGAACCAUCUCGCUGUCCCCCUCAGCAUGCUCUCCCCUUCCGACCCUGCCUUCUAUCCCCCUCACUCCAGUGGGCCCCAUGAUGCGUGAAGCCAUGCUGAGAACCAGGUUCGUGGAUGCAUCAGGAACCAUCUCGUUGUCCCCCUCAGCAUGCUCUUCCCUUCCGACCCUGCCUUCUAUCCCCCUCACUCCAGUGGGCUCCAUGAUGCGUGAAGCCAUGCUGAGAACCAGGAACCAUCUCGCUGCCCCCCUCAGCAUGCUCUUCCCUUCCGACCCUGCCUUCUAUCCCCCUCACUCCAGUGGGCCCCAUGAUGCGUGA